CAUCGUUCUUAGCUGACUUGAGUUGAGAACCCGGAAACACAAACGAUUCUAUCUCUUUCUCCAUUCCCAUUCUAUCAUGGCCGACGACAUGCAACUUGAUGUCCGUCAGGACACUAAUGCUGCUUUGUCGGCCGGCGAUGCUCUCCUGUCCAAGGACAGUGCCACUUUGUCCGACCAUGCUGACAAUGUCGACUCUACUGCUUUGAGUGUCAUUGUUGCUGCUGUGUCCGGUACCGACGAUGCCACGUCAUCAAAGACCAUUGUCGUUUUGUCGAGCGACGGGUCUGAUGGGGGCCAGGCCACAUCGAACAUGGCAGAAUCCAAUUCCACACCGGGGACAGGCGCCAAGCGAAAAGCACAUUGGCGACUGAUAUUCAGCGAACAUCCGAUGUACUCCCAACGGCCAUGGCACGAUGGUCGCCGUGAUCUCGUUGAUUCCGAAGAGUUUCUGUUACACGGCCCCUCAACUACCCCCAUCUCUCUGGAACACUUGAUUGCCGAAGUCAAGGGCAUCUACGCUGGCUACUCGACGAUCGAAACGAAAUGUGUAGAGGUGGACGAAGCCCAAACUCUCAAGCACCAAAUCCACUCUAUCGACGUCAUCCCUUUCCUACUUGUGAUCCCUUACUAUCUCUUGGCUCUACUUCAGCGCGGCCAUGUCGACCUGGAAAAAGUCAUCCGCGAGGCCUUGCUAUCCUCACUCGAGGGGAUCGAGAAAUUUGUGAGCAAAUGCAUAGGGGAUGACGCGACGGCCUCGUACAUCUCCCUCUUUAUCUCCCGUGCCUUUGCGAUCCGCUCUUUGCCGUCGAAUUUGGACCUUCACGUCCCUACCAUCGACGAGUGCGUGCAGGGAUUGGUGGUUGCUCUGAAAUCUCGUGCAAGGGAGUAUGCAUGGCCCGACUCACAAGCCUCAACCCAUCUCACCACCACGGCAAUGGGCGACGAGGGACACGCAGAGGCGGUGGUCAGACAGAAUGCCCUCACCGUUGGCCGUGACCUACUGGCAGCCAUCGACAAGGCGACGGAGAAGGCAAAUGACAACAUUGCCGAACGAGCCAUGAGGACCCCACUCGAAGCCGAGGCAGAGGCUAACUGCGACACCCAGAAGGAGGCCGGACUGGAUGCCAAUAACGUGAAGUGUAAGCGUUGCGAGGCCAAGCAGGAGAAGAAGAAGCAGAAGAAGAAGGAGAAGCAAAAUCCAGUUCUAGCCGACAGCCGGCCUUUGGAAGACCCAAGUCGGUACAAGAAGAUCGGCGACAUCUACUACAUGUUUGUUCAGGGCAGGUGGAUGAAUGUCAGCUUGACCAACGUCCAAUACCACGCUCUGGGAGCCCUCCACGGAGCCGGCAUCGACGAGAUGCAUGACUUCCUCUUGGCAUCGAGCCAUCCCAGGGCCUCGAAAGCACUCAGAGGUUUGGCUGCCAAACACCGCAUGCCUGCGAGACUCUGGAAGCACGGCGUGCAUGACCAUCUCGAAGUCCUGCGCGCCCGAAUGCCCGAAAGUUCGGAACACAUGCUGGUUCUUCUCAUUCGGUCAUACUCGAUGAUGCAGCUGCUGGAGGAGACGACUGACAGCCGCUACUUCACCGUCGAAUGCGCAGGAGAUCUGGCUCGAUACAGAUUCGCCAUUGAGGACCAGGACACCGAUGUGAAGAUGCAUUGGAAAGAGGUCGCGAUUAACAAGUACAACAUUGUGUCGGACAUAGAUCCUACCGCUGGUCGCCUUUACCAUCACCUCAGCAUCCUGUCCAUGGACAACUACUCGGCACGCUUCUUCAACGUCCUCAAGGCACUGACUGUGAGCCGGCCAUUUGCUAUGGCGUGGAAGACUAUGAUCUCUACCAUCCUUCCACACUUCGUGGCACCCAAGGGCCAGACGUCGACCAAGCUGGACCAGGUCCUCUCGUUGGACGAAGACAAUCUGUUCACAGCCAUUGCCCGCCUGGUUCUGGCUUCGGCCCCGUCCGAGGAGCUGGAACAGAGCGGCUUCGACACUUGCAAGGCGACUCAUCUGCUCGCUUUUGGCAGCUUGCUCCCGCUCGUCGCUGGAAUCAACGACUCCAAGUCGACUGUGCCUCCUAAGCUGUUCUCCAUGUUCCGAACGUCACCGCUUCCGCAGCCUUCCGGUGCCAUCAUCAACUGGGCCCCAUCCUCGGUUGGUCCGGCGUCGCAGUACGCGGAGGUGAACUAUUGCAUCCACGAGAAGACAACCACUGCGGAUGCUUCCCGCGCGACUCAAGGAGAGUAUGCCAAGAAGGCCGAUGCCACCGCCCCCUCGUCAAGAGGCCUAUCUGGCUGGGCCGUGAACAGAUCAGUCCCAUCUUCCCCCACGGUCGCGGCAUCUAUCCAGAGCUAUACAGUUCGCCCCAGCCCCGAAAUUGGUCUUGUACUGUGCCAGUUGUUGCUGCUAGAUGAUAACUCAGCCGUGGUCGAUAGGGCGAUCCAGCUGCUGUCUGCCGUCAACAUUCGCCUCCUGACUCGGCCCGUGACCCAGGAUCUGAAGUUGUGGGAGUACUUGCACGUUCUUCUUGUUUUCAUGCGCUGCCUGAACUCACGGCCCGACCUGAAGAAGCGCUGUGGCUACGCAUUCCACGUGGAGCUGAUGGCACCCCUCCUCAACCUCCUCGUACGCCGCCUCAAGGACCGAGGCGGCCAGGCCUGGGAGAUGCUGUUCCGACAGGAGUUCCCCAUGCAGUCGGUGCCCCUCAACGCCAGAAACAAGCCGGGAAAGUACGGCAUGACAGGCAUGGACGCGCAGAGGGAGUACCUUGCGCGUAAGCGAGAACAGCAGCCCAAGAGCGCCAUGGUGGACGACACCACGACCAAGGCCACUGGCUCCAAGCAGGGGCAAGAGGCCCAGAACAUCAAGCCCGUGAAGCUAGGCGAGGAGCGGCUGUUCACUGUGGUACUGCCCGAGGAUCGCCUGCUCCGUGGCUUCCCCUUCGCUCGGCAGGCUCCCUCUCCACGUGAGCCGAAGCAACCUCUCAGCGACAAGCAGAUUGCAACCAUGAAGUGGGAAGACAAGCAGCUCAGGAUCGCCGAGCGCAAAGCCGAAGACUCCGAGAACGAAUCGGACUCGAACGAGUCCCUGCAUCUCGACCCCAUGCCUGUCGAGGCAGGUGUGGCAGGUGAGGCAGACGAGGCAAAUGAGGCAGACGAGGCAGAUUGGAUAGACGAGGGAGAUGUUAUAGUCGAGGAUGAUGUCACAGUCGAGGAAGAUAACAAAGCCGAGGAAGAUAACACACCCGAGGCUGUCGAUGAGGAAGAUACCGAUUCGCUUGCCUGGGGCGUGGAGGAGGCGCUGCAUCUUGACCCUUACUUCUACCCACCAGGCUUCUUCGAGAAGUCCAAGUUUGACUUGGCAGACGAACUUGCCUGCCGCGAUGGCGUCCAAGAUGCUGAGCUGACGGACAACCGCGAACUGCGCAUCGUUUGGUCGGCAGUUUCCGGACAAGGCUUUUUCAGUUUCCAGACUGACAAGAACGGAGACUAUGCCAUCGGCGUCCCCGGAGCAGAGUCUGUGCCGCAGCCCUAUUUCGAUGCACAGAUGCCAGAGUUCAUUGUAUGCGACAAUGGCUCUCGGGUCGCCCAUGUCAACCCUGCUGUCGAAGAAGUGGUUGACAAAUCGCCCCGUCGUUGGGAGAAGCGUGAAAAGGAACUCGAUCAGAUGCGCCAGGAGCAUGAAGAGGCGCAGCGGGAAGUAAGGAGAAAGAAGCAGGAAGAGGACGAGAAGAGGCAGCAGGAGGAAAAGCAGACGCUGCAGAUCAUCAGGCCUCAGGGGUCCAUUUUGAAGAAGCGUGAUGAGGAACUUGAACAGAUGCUUCGGGAGCACGAGGAAAAGCAGAGGCUGCAGAUCACCAGGCCCCAGGAGACAAUGUGGCAGAAGCGUGAAAAGGAACUCUUCCAGAUGCGCGAUGAGCAUGAGGCAAAGCAGACACUGCAGGCGAUCGGGAUCCAGGAGACAAUGUGGAAGAAGCGUGCAAUCGAGCUCAAUCAGAUGCCCCGGGAGCAUGAGAAAAAGGAAGGGGGUGACGACGACGGUGAGAACUCCGACGGCUGGACGGAAGUAACUUGUUGAGCUGGCAACCUGCCUCCACAGGUUCUUCUGGGAUUAAUUGAGGAGGAAAUGACAGAAUCGAGUUCCGGAUGUUUCAGAGCAGAAUUAGUGAUUCUGCUCAUUAACGGUCUAACCAUUCAUUGUUGUGAGGAGCUACCUUAUUAAAGGUGUCGAGCGUAUGACUCGAUUGUACGGCUUCUCUUGCGCCCUUAGGGAUUAUCUAGCCGGCCUAGGCUGCGUGUCUAAUUCUAUAGAAUUGCGCCGGGCAUCAUAGCUAGUGUACGAGAAUAAGGUUAAUAUACUCGUUGGUGUUUACAAUAAA